GGGCGCGGGGCACUGCGCGCUGGUGGCCACCUCACCCGACCCCAGCUGCCAGCGCCCUCCCUCCCCGAAACCCUUAAGUGGAGCUGCUUGUCUAGCGCCCAGCGAACAACAUUAUCCAAUUGCUUCCCGUUUUAUUCGCAGGCUGGGAGCUGAGAGAGCCUGAGCAUUCACUUUCAACCCUCCAGGGAAGGAGGGGGUGCGGGCGGGGAGGGGAGACGGUUCCCAGCUCCACCUCGCGCGCGGCGCGGCCAGAGCGCUCCGCUCCGGCAGAGGCAAGCAGCGCCGGUGAGCCCCGCAGCAGCGCGCCCGGCCGCCGAGCCCAGCCAUGGAGAUGGCAGAGGCGGAAUUGCACAAGGAAAGGCUGCAAGCCAUAGCAGAAAAAAGAAAGAGGCAGACUGAAAUAGAAGGCAAGCGACAACAGCUUGACGAGCAGAUACUUCUGCUGCAGCAUUCCAAGUCCAAAGUGCUUCGGGAGAAAUGGCUGCUGCAGGGUAUACCCGCGGGAACUACCGAAGAGGAGGAAGCCAGGAGGCGGCAGUCUGAAGAGGAUGAGUUCAGAGUCAAGCAACUUGAAGACAACAUCCAGAGGCUGGAGCAAGAAAUACAAACGCUAGAAAGUGAAGAGUCCCAGAUAUCUGCCAAAGAGCAAAUCAUCCUAGAGAAACUGAAGGAGACAGAAAAAUCCUUCAAGGACUUUCAGAAGGGUUUCUCCAGUACAGAUGGAGAUGCAGUAAAUUACAUUUCCUCCCAGCUUCCCGACCUGCCAAUCCUCUGUUCACGAACAGCAGAACCAACACCUGGGCAGGACGGGACCAGCAGAGCGGCUGCUGUGUACGCCAUGGAAAUUAAUGUGGAGAAAGACAAACAAACAGGAGAGACCAAGAUUCUCUCUACAUCUACCAUUGGCCCAGAGGGGGUCCAUCAGAAAGGAGUCAAAGUCUAUGAUGAUGGUACCAAAGUAGUGUAUGAGGUGCACUCAGGAGGCACCGUAGUAGAAAAUGGAGUGCACAAAUUAAGCGCAAAGGAUGUAGAAGAGCUUAUUCAGAAGGCUGGACAAUCAAGCUUAGGAGGAGGGCAUGGGUCCGAAAGGACUGUGAUUGCAGAUGGGAGCCUCAGCCAUCCCAAGGAACACAUGCUCUGUAAAGAAGCCAAGUUAGAAAUGGUACAUAAGUCUAGGAAAGACCAUUCUUCUGGGAACCCAGGGCAGCAGGCCCAAGCCCCCAGCACUGCAGGGCCAGAGGCAAAUUUGGAUCAGCCAGUCACCAUGAUUUUUAUGGGCUACCAAAAUAUCGAGGAUGAAGAGGAGACGAAAAAGGUGCUAGGCUAUGAUGAAACCAUCAAGGCUGAAUUGGUCCUCAUUGAUGAAGAUGAUGAGAAGUCAUUGAGGGAGAAGACAGUGACGGACGUGUCCACUAUUGACGGGAACGCAGCUGAGCUUGUGUCCGGGAGGCCGAUCUCAGAUACCACAGAGCCCUCAUCCCCAGAAGGGAAGGAAGAGAGCCUAGCCACAGAGCCAGCCCCAGGAGUCGGGUGGGAGAAUAUGCUGCUAAAGGAAUGUGAGUCACCCUCGAAUGUCACGGAAACAUCCGACCCAGACAUGACUAUCAAGAAGCCUCCCCAGCUUUCCGAGGAUGAUAUCCGGCUAAAAAGUGAGGGGGACAACUAUAGUGCCAACCUCCCGGAGCCUGCUACCAGUUCUCUUUCCCCAGAUCACAAAAACAUGGAAAUUGAGGUGUCUGUUGCAGAAUGUAAAAGUGUUCCUGGAAUCACCUCUACUCCACAUCCCAUGGACCACCCCUCCCCUUUCUAUUCACCCCCCCAUAAUGGCCUCCUCACUGAUCACCAUGAAUCCCUGGAUAAUGACGUCGCCAGAGAGAUCCGCUAUCUAGAUGAGGUGCUGGAGGCCAACUGCUGUGAUUCUGCUGUGGACGGAACGUAUAAUGGAACAUCUUCCCCAGAGCCUGGUGCAGUGGUCCUGGUGGGCAGCCUAAGCCCCCCAGUGCACGAGACCACCCAGCCAGAACCUAUUGAGAGAACAGCUAGCCGGCAGGCACUUCCUCACAUCGAGCUCAGUAAUAGCAGCCCGGACCCCAUGGCAGAGGCAGAAGGAGCAAACGGCCAUUCCCCGGGCCAGCCUAGAGAUGCGCUGGGGGAUGGCCUGCAGGCGCCUGUCAGCCCCAGCUCCUCAACUAGCUCCCGGUGUUCUUCCCGAGAUGGAGAGUUCACGCUCACCACGCUGAAGAAGGAGGCCAAGUUUGAGCUGCGUGCCUUCCAUGAGGACAAGAAGCCCUCCAAGCUCUUUGAGGAUGAUGAGCGUGAGAAGGAGCAAUACUGCAUCAGAAAAGUGAGGCCUUCUGAAGAGAUGCUGGAGCUGGAGAAGGAGAGGAGGGAGCUCAUUCGCAGCCAGGCUGUGAAGAAGAAUCCUGGCAUUGCAGCAAAAUGGUGGAAUCCCCCGCAGGAAAAAACCAUCGAGGAGCAGCUGGACGAGGAACAUCUGGAGUCGCACAAAAAGUACAAGGAGCGCAAGGAGAGAAGGGCGCAGCAGGAACAGCUGCUGCUGCAGCAGCAGUUACAGCAGCAGCAGCAGCCCCCAUCGCAGCUCUGCACAGCCCCUGACUCUUCUCAUGAACGUACAAGCAUGAUUGACAAAGCAAAGGAGGACAUUGUCACAGAGCAGAUAGAUUUCUCUGCUGCUCGCAAACAAUUCCAGCUGAUGGAGAAUUCCAGGCAAGCUGUGGCCAAGGGCCAGAGUACACCCAGGCUGUUCUCCAUCAAGCCUUUCUACAGGCCUCUGGGAUCAAUCAACUCAGAUAAGCCACUGAUUAACUCGAGACCACCUUCUGUUGGGGGACCUCCAGAAGACAGUGGUGCCUCAGCCGCCAAGGGGCAGAAAUCGCCUGGUACCCUGGAGACCUCAUCAGCAGCAGCAAGCCAGGGCAGCACAGCCCCUCAGGGGAAGGAAGGGCCCUACAGCGAGCCUUCUAAACGUGGGCCCUUAUCUAAACUGUGGGCAGAGGAUGGAGAAUUUACGAGUGCCCGGGCCGUCCUCACCGUGGUCAAGGAUGAUGACCAUGGGAUUUUGGAUCAGUUCUCAAAAUCCGUCAAUGUCUCCUUGACCCAAGAGGAGCUUGACUCUGGUCUGGAUGAGCUGUCAGUGAGGUCUCAGGAUACCACCGUCCUGGAGACUCUAUCCAAUGAUUUCAGCAUGGACAACAUCAGUGACAGCGGGGCCUCAAAUGAGACAACCAAUGCCCUCCAGGAAAAUUCACUGGCCGAUUUUUCUCUGCCUCAGACGCCACAAACUGACAACCCCUCAGAGAGCCGAGGAGAAGGCGCCUCCAAGUCAUUUAGUGAUCAUGGUUUCUAUUCCCCUUCCUCCACGCUGAGGGACUCUCCGUCGGUUGAUGAUCCCUUGGAGUAUCAGGCUGGCCUCCUGGUACAGAAUGCCAUUCAACAAGCCAUAGCUGAGCAGGUGGAUAAAGCUGCGUCCAAAACCAGCAGGGAUGGAGCAGAGCCACAGGGACCUGAAGCGACUGUAGAGGAAGCUGAAGCCGGGGAUUUCAGCUCAGAGAAGCCUCAGAGCAUGUUUGAGCCACCUCAGGUGUCUUCUCCUGUUCAAGAGAAAAGGGAUGUCUUGCCAAAGAUUCUGCCUGCUGAAGACAGGGUGCUCAGGGAAAGGGGGCCCCCCCAGCCACUGCCAGCUGUGCAGCCUAGUGGCCCGAUUAACAUGGAGGAGACCAGGCCCGAAGGAAGCUAUUUCAGCAAGUACUCGGAGGCUGCUGAGCUGAGAAGUACAGCCUCCCUCCUGGCCACUCAAGAAUCCGACGUGAUGGUUGGGCCCUUCAAACUGAGGUCCAGGAAACAGCGGACUUUGUCCAUGAUCGAAGAAGAGAUCCGAGCAGCUCAGGAAAGGGAAGAGGAGCUGAAGAGGCAGAGACAAGUCUUGCAGAGUGCACAGAGCCCCAGGACAAAGAACGCCCCAUCGCUGCCCUCCAGAACAUGCUACAAAACUGCCCCAGGGAAAAUAGAGAAAGUCAAACCUCCUCCAUCCCCCACCACUGAAGGCCCCAGCUUGCAGCCUGACUUAACCCCCGAAGAGGCUGCCGGAAUCCAGCGGCCCAAGAAUCUGAUGCAGACCCUCAUGGAAGACUAUGAGACACACAAAUCUAAAAGGCGCGAGAGAAUGGAUGAUAGUAGUUACACCUCUAAGUUACUGUCUUGCAAGGUGACUUCCGAGGUCCUUGAGGCCACACGGGUUAAUCGAAGAAAGAGCGCACUGGCGUUGCGCUGGGAAGCAGGGAUCUAUGCCAACCAGGAGGAAGAAGACAACGAGUAAACUUCCUUUAACCCAGGAAGCGUUUUUGGUGCUUGGGAGACCAAGAAACCAAGAAAUCAACAACUGAAAGCAUUUUAAUGGACUAUUUAUUAAAGUGCAAACAAACUCAGCAAUCCUUAUGUAGACCAGAAACUGCAAUACACAAUGAUGAAAAAUAAGAUGAAAAGGAAGUUCACCCAUCAGACUCUGGACACCCAGGAGUCAAAAGAGAAAGGAUUUUUUUUGGUGACUUAGUCCCAGUGUCUGGUUUUGGGCCAAUCCACAGUUGAUCCAAAAGGACAAAUGAUGUUACAAGCAAAUCCACGUAGCUGCUACAGGCAGAACUGAGACCAGCCUCUCUGGGUGAUGAAGGACAAUGGUGACAGGACCACUUAGAGAGCAGUAGGGCCCAGGCUGGUGUAACCUACAUGGCACAGGACAUUUCCCUACACCAGUUUCCCACCUGUCGCUCACAGCGUCAGAGGGUGUUGCGUUAACUCCAUUUUCUCCAGCAGCCAUAAAAUGAAUGGUGUUUCUCUCCAUAUUUGCCCAGAAGAGGCAGUUAUGAUUCCACUUCUCUUACAUUUAAUUAUUUUUAAUUGAGAACAAUUCAUGAUCACAGUUCGUACAAUUCACAUUUUAAGACAAUGUUUCUUCAUGUUGCAAACACAAUCUCUGCUACAUUAGGAGGCUGAGAAAGGGGAAGAGAAAACCAAACCAAAUGGAUGGUAUUAGCUUUAGGAUCAUGUCUGCUUAUUCUCUUCGCUGAUCUGCAGUUUAUGAGAACACAUUUUCACAGUUACGUUUCUUCAUAGGAAAACUAUAUUUAGUGGGCAACAACUAUUUUUAUGAUGGGAUGGGGGAAUAUAUACAUGUGUAGAAUCUGUCUACAUUGAACAACUUGGUUCAAGAUGGUAGGGGUAUUUUUAGAGUGGCAAUAAUUGAAAAAAAAAAAAAAAAAAGGCAAACUCUGCCUUGGAGAGGUGGAUGACAAGAAAUAAAAAGGUGUUUCUAACUAUUUUGUAUUAUAAACUGGGCCUUAGAGAUAGGAAGAAGAAUGUUGGAUUCUUUUGGGGUCAAUCAGAAAGGAAACACGAAGGAAAAGUAAUGAAGGUAGAGAGAGAAAAAGGGAGGGAGGAAGAAAGAAUGGGAACAAAAUAAGGAGAUAAGAGAUACUAUUUUUGCUGAGCAACCAGUGUUUUUCAGGAUUAUACAAAGAAAAAUAUAGAAUAGAAAUUUAAGUGAAGGCUUGGAAUCAGCUACAAAUCCUAAAGACGGGAUGUGUGUGUGUGUACACCACUGUGUGUUUGUGUAAAAUGUGUAUGUUCACGAGUAAUGGUGUAUGUGUGUAUGGAUUAAAAUUCCAGCAUGACCAUGGCACUUGGGUGUACAGGUAAUUCCUCCAAAGCUGUUUGCUGGCUUCAGGAGUGAGUGAGAAUUUCUUUUUUAUGAAAAGGGAUAUAAAGGCACCGAGCUGAUGCAGUAUUUGUAAUAUUAAAUUGACCUAACAAGGUAUUUGCAUGAGUCACAGUUGCAGAGUUUUGAGCAGUUUUGUAAUUUGACACAUAGGAAAGUCUCCUAUUUAUUCUCAUGCUUUGUAUUCAUGCUUAGUAUACUAUAGAGGAUGCCAGCUUUAAUCUUUCUGUCAUUUAAAGCAAUAUGAUAAGGGUAUUCAAUAAUUUGGUGCCCUAAAUUUCUGGAUGAGAAAAUGUUCAAUUCUGGCAAUGAGAGAGAGAGAGAAAAAAAAAAAUAACCAGCCUUCUCUUUUUUUUUCCUUUGUUUUAAAACUGUGGUUUUUAAAAAAGCAAUAAUUAAGUAAGACCUCACUAAAAAUCAUUUUUGUUUUUAUAUUGUUAUGUCAUAAGCUCUAGUAUGUUGUUCUAACAAAUAGCAAUUCCACAAAAUUUGUAUGUAGAUGUUAAUGCACAUUUCCUUUGUUUCUUUCAUUAGUCUAGUGUUGACUUUGGGGGCGAAGUUUAUUCACAAAUGAGAAGUAGGCACAAAGUAAAAAAAGGAACCAUCUACUAACGAGGAUCCUUUAAAACUGUCAAGGGAACCUGUAACUUGAAGCCACAUUCUACAGAUGGCAGCCAAAACAGACAUGGGCAGUUGGCACCAUCUUUAUAUGGUUCAUUCUCCUGAAUAUUCUGAAUGAAUUCUCAACAAAAUGUGCUAGCCACUGGGGACACAAAAUAAAUAAGAUCCCUGUUGCAGGAAAUUCAUUUUAUAGUGAGAGAGGCUGCCAUGGAGACUAACAUUCUCAGGAAAAUGAGAUCCGUGUUAGAUUAGAAGUCCAGACGUGGAAUGGGAGGACCCAGGAAGGAGGAUUGUCUUUGCCUGAGAAUUUCCAGCUAGAGGUCCCAGAUGCCUGGGCUGAGGACUCAGUGACGAGGAGGUGUUCCCAAGGCAGACACAGGGAUAAGAACAGAGGCAGCAGCCUUGCAGGCGCCAGGCACGGUGGCAGUUAGGAUGGCUGGAGAGCAGGAUAGUUCAAUGGGUUGCACGAAAAAUGUGCUGCAUGUUUUCUUAGACUGACUCAUGGAUCUUUUAGAGACCAUAGACUUGAUAAUAACUCCCCCAUUUUUCAUAAGAGGAAACCAUCCUUAUGACUUACCUUAAAGUUUUUUGGUCUGUUUUGAAGGAAACCGUGUGCUACAUGAAACCUACAUUUGACAAGAGAACGUACAGCUAAGGGAAAAGCUUAAGAGGCCACACUAUUCACAGAAUCGCUUCAGAGGCAAUGAAGUGGUCUUUGACCACAGUUGAUUGAACCAGAACACUUAUUCCUUAAGGAAUAUCAGAGUUACAGAGCUGGGGGAUCUGGGGCCAUGCUGUGUGUGUGGAUAAGGAAAGAAACACUGUUUCUGGGACUCUCCCACAGUCACAAAGCUGUUUUCACUGUGGCCCCACAUCUCUUAACUUUUGCUAGUUCUCCUAUGCUGCCUUCCGGAUUACUGCUGUCUAUUUUCUUGCUCUACUCACUGAAGAUCCUAUUAUAAUCCCAUUAAAAUGUAAAUUUAUAGUUUACUUGGGAGUGCCAGAUUUUCUCUGUGCUCUUGAGUUUUUUAUUCAUUCAAGAAACCUUGGGCCACCGCUUUGUACAUACCACUGUGCUAGGCUCUGGGAUUCCAAAUGAACCCUUUUAACUUUCUGAAGAUGGGACUGUCCCCUGGAGGAAAGUCAUUCCUGUUUAAUCCAUCAAGAGAAGGAGGCUUAUGAAAAACUUUGCCUCUGAUGCUCGGCCCCACCCCUAAAUAGCACGCAAGCUUGUUAACCUUACCUCUUACAAAAUGUUUAGAUUCUGUAGAUGUGAAAAGCCUUUCUGGAAGUAUUGCAUUCUGCUGUGUGUAUAGGUGUUCUUUUUCCUCCAGAGCCGAUUAACUACUGACAUGCCUUGGCUUUCUCAUCCAGAAAUUAUGGAAACAGGGUCUGUCAGUGGCAGGAGGCCGGGUUGUGUUUUACUUGGAUGACGCAAUGCAAUUUACUUGCCUCUUCAUACCCAUGCAUGCUGCUCAUCCUAGACAAUGACAUAUAAGCCGUAUAUAGAUCAGUGUCCACAUACACACACACACACACACACACACUCACACAUACAUAUAUAGUGCGUAACAAGGAACACUAAAACAGUGUUGAUUCUUGUCUCUGAAGACAAUUAAACCUUUUUAUCCCCAACUAAAGAAUGGAUUUAAUUAAACUAUGUAUUGAAAAAAAGUAGCCUGUUAGAGAUGGUGAAUAUAUUCCAUUUUAGUUAAAGAACCAAUUUCCUGAAUUUUUAGCAUUCAGUGAGCUGCCAAUUUUGAUUUUGUGUUGCUCUUUACCCAAAUGAUUUUUUUCUUUGUUUUCUUUUCUUGGGGGAGGAGGGGGAAAAAGCAGCAAUACUGUGUUUGGAAAUUAUACUCUGUAUCUGGCUUUCCUGUGUAUGUUAACCACUUAAAUGUUAUUAUCCUGCUUUGGUUUUAUAGUGACUGUGAGGCAUUCAAUGCAAGUAUACAGUUAUUUUCUCAUUAAAAUCCAAUGUGUGUUGAGUUUUUA